AUGUCCGUCCUGGCCGAUCCUGUACAUUUCUCUCUGCCCACGAAGAUCAAUGGACAGAUCGACUCGCUGGAGGGCCCCCGCCAUGCCCAGCCGCCGUCCAGUCUUCGUGCCAAUGAACCGCAGAAUCCCGACGGGGACUUUCGCUGCGGGAUCUGCAACAAAUCAUACAGUCGGAGAGACCUCCGGGACCGACACCGGCGGCGCUGCAUCAAAACUGCUGGUCAGGAGCGGACGUCCAAGCGCAAAUCCUGCGAAACAUGUGCUCAAAAGAAAGUCCGCUGCUCCAUGACUCGUCCGGCGUGCAGCCGCUGUGUCCAGAUGCGGACGCCGUGCCACUAUCCCCCAACCUCCGUGCCCGCCAAUCCUGCCGCGGCGGCGGCUGCUGCUGCUGCUGCUGCUGCGGUGGCCGCGACGAAUAGUGAUGAUCAUAGUAACAACGGUCGCAGUAGUUCUGUAGUGCAAAACAUCGGCCCGAUAAAGGCGUCCUCGUCGCCGCCUUCAUCUGUCUCUCCAUCUUCGCCCUUAUCCCCUCGGGAUGGGCUCAACUUGGGUCCAAAUGUCUCGUCGGCUGCCACGUCGCGGGGAAACAUUCCGGCCACUCUUCCUGCCCCUUCAGAAGUAUCUGUUCCUCAUCUUCAGCAGUACGAGUCAACCCAGUCUCAUUCUCAGCAGACGUCGACCAGCAUCACCUCCUUCGACCCGCUCUUAGCCCCGUGGAGCCCUAUCCCCACCACCAACACCAUAGACUUGAUGUUGCGCCCGCUUGCCGACAGCCCCCUGUUCACUCCCCACGAUUUGGUGGCGGUUGGCUCGCUACCCUGGAUCGAUGAUUUGUCUCCUCUGUCUGAACAGUUGUCCCCCGAGGCUGCCCUUCCAGAAGUCCUCAGUGACCCAACGGGGCUUCCCCCGCUCCUGAUGCCCCUGCACGAGAUAUCAAAAAACCCCCUGGGUGCCGUGGGUGCGUCUCCGCCCCUGGCAAUGAUGGGAGAGCCGUUUCGGAUCACCGACGGGAUGGCCAUGUCGCUUUCCUCGUCCUCCUCCGACAGUCGGUGGCGCGACAGACUACCACAGAGCGGUGACGAGGAGUCGUCGCAAAUCAGCAUCCGCGGCGAUGCUUCAGCGCAGCUCACCUUCGCUCGCGAUUUUCUCGCCCAGUCCGGAAACCUGAGUACCCACGAGGCCAACGAACUCUACCAGGAGAUGCUCAAGCCGAUUCGCGAGUUUCCCGCUCUGCUUCUCGAGCGCGAGUUCUGGUCGCCCUUUGUGCACCACCGACUAUACCGCUGUUCACUCGGCGGCAUGGCGGAGCCGCUAGGGGUCGCGCUGGCGUGUGUCUCGGCGCGCGCCAGCUCGGUCGAGUCGGACUACGGCUUCGUCGACAGCAUGAUCAACCAAGAGCGCGAGAAGCUCGUCCGCAACUUCCACCUGUACACCGACGCGCCCGAGACGUGCCUGGCUGCCCUGCAUGCCGUCUGCGUCUACCAGAUUCUGGGACUGUUCGGCGACACCUUCCAGCCGGCCGCCCAUCGCAAACCGCACGACCCGAAAGAGUCGAUCGAGCGACGGCGCGAGGAGUUCGAGCGGGCGGCCGAGUUGCACAGUUCGUUUCUCCUCAAGAUGACCCGCCGCCUGUACACGCUCCACAAGGACGCGCUCCUCGUGCAACACGAGCGCGAGAAUAACUGGACCCGGUGGAAAUUCACCGAGUCCCUCCGCCGGAACGUCUUCUUCGUGCACAUCAUCAACAUCCUCGGGGCUCGCGCCCGCAAGCUCAACGAGGACUACUUCGAGCCCCUGGGUGACGAGAUGGUGCUGCACCUGCCCCUACCCGCGCCUGAGUACAUGUGGCGCGCCUGCAGCGAGGAGGAGUGGCUGCUGGCGCGAGAGCACGCGCUGCAGGCUGCGUCCACGCCGUCGAGCGGCCUGCCUCUCUCGCAGACGCUGCACCAGCUGCUGCAGAUGGAUAAGGCCGGGGGCUUGGAUGUGUCGUCGUUGCUGCCGGUGACGAGGUUGGUUCUGGCGUGUUCGAAGAUCGCCCCGGGGGGGAUGCAGGAGUGA